UACAAUUGCAUCCUACAGCGUUGAGGCGGGCUCUUGUGUGAUGGCGUCACACCCCCUCCACCUAUACUCCACCCUGCCGUGUAUUCUGUGCAAAUGUGAUGGAGAUAAAAGGGCGAGAGAGAGGAGGGAGGAAACGAUGGAGAGGGACAGGUCAGAGAGUGAAAGGGUGUGAAAAGGAGAGGAAAACGGAAAGAGGAGAGCGAGGAAAAGCAACAAGUGGGAGGAUUACGGGGACGCAAGAGAGAUUGAGACGGGAAAGGGAGAGGUGGCAAUAAGGAGAGUGAGAGAUAGUGGGAGAGGAGAAGAGUAGAUAUGGAAGGUGACAACAUGCAAAGCAAUCACUUUGCUAUAUUGCUGCUCCUGGGAGUGUGCCUCCAGUUGUGCCUGGUGAUGGUUGUGAAGACAGAUCAGAGCGCCCAAAAGCAUGGACAUCAUUUAAAAAAAACGCCUGGGCAGGCCAGGAGUGACCAAGCCCUACCUUUAAAGGCCAAUCUGCCCAGCAUGCUGAAGCCGAGCCACAGGGGCAGACUGCGGGUCCUCGAUGGAGCCCAGUGCUUUUGGAAAGUGCUCAGUGAUGCUCCUGAACCCACCCUGACACUGCAGCUCCGGUGCCGCAGUGCCCCCUCGUGCACCUAUCGGGGUUCCCCAGUCUCCUGCCCUGCAUACGAGCGCAAGAACAGGUAUUUCUGGACGCAGGUCGUGAAGGCGCUUAAGCAGAGGGACUCGGCAUGCGAUGUCACGGCUGGGCAGCUUAUCGCACCGCUCUGCAAGAAGUCGCCUGCGUCCUGGCUGAGCCUCGUGGAAGAAUUGGAGGCUAAGGUGACGACUGAGGCCACCACUACUACCACCACCACUGCCACGAGUGAUGGGCAAAUGGGAGCCAGAGCAGCCGAUGAAGUGGGGGAGGCAGGGGAACAAGUGGCAGAGGAGGAGGGAGUGGAGGAGUGCAGCGAUCUCUGGCGCUCCUUGUGCAACUUCUUGGAGGGCGCGGUGCGGGGGAAGUGACAUUGUUGGGUUACCACGCUGUGCAUUGCACAAGAUGCUAAGCAGGAGGAGUUUCACAAGAUGACUUUAUUGACAAGUGUAGAAUGGCAUGUCCGAUGGAAACACUUUAGUUGAAACGCAUAUUUUUACGGUGUUGCAUAGUGCGGUGUUUAAUGUUUUUCCAACAGCUUUUUGACCGCAAUAAUUUCACUGAAUUGAUUGUGAUAAAUAGAACCGGUAUGUGUUAUAUGUAUGUGGAACUUCUUUUGCACCGUACGUAGCCAACCAUGCUUAUCGUUUUAGUGGUGAUAAAUAGAACCGGUAUGUGUUAUAUGUAUGUGGAACUUCUUUUGCACCGUACGUAGCCAACCAUGCUUAUCGUUUUAGUGGUAUUUCUUUUUAAAUAGAUCUGGAACAAUCUUUCAAUAACACACAUGCAUAGCACGUGGGUCGUGUGCUUUACCAAAAGCAUGUAUUCCAUACCGUCUCAUUGCUUGUUAUUGCUUAUAAUUUCACUUUCUAAACACACAGUAUGUUUAUUCUUUCUAGAUUUGA